AUGAUGAAUAUGAUGGGGGGCUACGGAUGCGGCUAUGGGCGCGGUGAUGCGCUGUCCCCGGCUUCGGAUCUGUCGUCGUGCAGCAGCGCGUCGUCCGGCGCCUGGUGCGGGGCAGCCGCCGCUUGGCGCGACCUACAGCCCUACCCCGCCCAGUACCCAGCCUACUGGCCCCCGGCCGCCAGCGCGGCGACGGAGGACGCGCGGGAACUGCAACGGCGCUGCGCCAAGUGCCGCUGCCCCAACUGCCUCACCGAGGCGGCGGGCUUCGGUCCCAACUACGGGAAGGACGGCGCCAAGCGUGAGCACGUGUGCCACGUGCCCGGCUGCGGCAAGGUCUACGGGAAGACGUCCCACCUGAAGGCGCACCUGCGCUGGCACACCGGCGAGCGCCCGUUCGUCUGCAACUGGCUGUUUUGCGGAAAGCGCUUCACCCGCUCCGACGAGCUGCAGAGGCACCUGCGCACCCACACGGGCGAGAAGAGGUUCGCGUGCCAGCAGUGCUCGAAACGCUUCAUGCGCUCCGACCACCUCGCGAAGCACGUCAAGACACACGCAAAUGCGUCCAGGAAAUCCAAGAAGCUCAAGGACGACGAUUCAGAGGAGGCCGUGAAAUCUGAUAAGAGUGAAAGUACCGUCACAAACGAGAGCCCGCCAGCGGUUCCAGGCAGCACGAGUUACGGCACCGUGCCCACUGUUGAGAGAGAGCAGGCUUCGCUGAGCUACGGUGCAAUGGCUCCCGCCGUCUCUGUGGCAUCAGCUGGCCACCCCGUCAACGUUUACAACGGCAGUGCGGUGUUCGGAAACGGCGCAGUUCCCGCCAACGGCUGGUACACGGAGGGCCAUCAGGAUGCCCUGUACGCGCGGGCGCCGAUGAGGGACCACCGCUUCUACCAACAAUACCCCGCACCGUUAGGCACGUAUCAAUGCGCUGCGAAGAACAACUACGCCAUGUUCCACGGUCACUAUAAUCUGCAACCACCAGUCGCUAUUGGACAA